AUAUUAAGAGGGACCACAAAAAGAAACUAUGGAUAGUGCCGCACCUUUUAGUUCCCUGUGCCACAUUAACCAUUCUUUUUCAUUCAAUCUGCUAGCAGUUGUCUCUCUUUAUAGCUAAACAAAAAUUAAAGAAAUGGGAGUGAUAAAGCUCUAGCCGCCUCAGCACACCAAAAUCCUAAUCAUUUUGCUGAUACCCAAUUGUCUCUAUAUAUAUAUUGGAAGGUUUUCUUUCAAUUUUCAGUCAAUUCUAUAGAACAAACCCUACAAAGUCUUAAUUUUUCCAGUUUACUGAGCCAAGCCUGCUGGGUAGUUGGGUUGGCCCUAUCCUAUUGGUGUAUAACUAUGCUCAAUGAAGAUGCGAGAGGUUCAUUUGACGUUUCCCAUCAAAAGCACAAAGCAUGGCCUUGAUGUCUCAGGCAGGUUCUUCACAUUGCAUUUACUCUGAAAAGGUAAGAUGUAUCAGUGGACAUAGAAGCAUCAUUAACAAUAUGGAUAUGUUCAGAAUGCGGGAGAUAUGCUUUGGCGUGGAUAUUUCUUCACGCAAUGCCUCAAGACGAGUGCAAGGGAAUUAUUUGAAUCACAUAGGAGUGGGAAGUAGACGUGGAGACCUGACAAUUGUAGCUGCAAGUCCUCCAACAGAGGAUGCUGUUGUUGCAGCAGAGCCGUUAACAAAAGAAGAUCUUGUAGGAUAUCUUGCUUCUGGAUGCAAAUCCAAAGAAAAGUGGAGGAUAGGCACUGAACAUGAAAAGUUUGGUUUCGAGUUUGGAACCCUGCGACCCAUGAAGUAUGAUCAAAUAGCUGACUUGCUAAAUGGUAUUGCUGAGCGGUUUGAUUGGGAAAAAGUAAUGGAGGGUGACAAGAUUAUUGGCCUGAAACAGGGAAAGCAAAGCAUAUCAUUAGAACCUGGUGGUCAGUUUGAGCUUAGUGGUGCACCACUUGAAACACUGCAUCAAACUUGUGCAGAGGUUAAUUCACAUCUUUACCAGGUUAAAGCUGUUGCAGAAGAGAUGGGAAUUGGAUUCUUAGGAACUGGAUUCCAGCCAAAGUGGGGGCUGAAAGAUAUACCAAUAAUGCCGAAGGGGAGAUAUGAGAUUAUGAGAAAUUACAUGCCUAAAGUUGGCUCACUUGGGCUGGAUAUGAUGUUUAGAACAUGCACUGUUCAGGUAAAUCUGGACUUCAGUUCUGAAGCUGACAUGAUCAGAAAGUUCCGUGCUGGUCUUGCCUUGCAGCCUAUUGCUACAGCUCUAUUUGCAAAUUCACCUUUCACUGAAGGAAAACCUAAUGGUUAUCUCAGCAAGAGAAGCCACAUUUGGACCGAUACAGAUAAUAACCGCGCUGGGAUGCUUCCUUUCGUCUUUGAUGACUCUUUUGGGUUUGAGCAAUAUGUAGAUUAUGCACUUGAUGUCCCAAUGUAUUUUGUCUAUCGGAAGAAGAAGUAUGUUGAUUGUACUGGAUUGUCUUUCCGGGACUUCAUGAAUGGAAAACUUCCGCCCAUUCCCGGCGAAUACCCUACUCUUAAUGAUUGGGAGAAUCAUCUCACAACAAUAUUUCCUGAGGUCAGACUCAAAAGAUAUCUGGAAAUGAGAGGUGCUGAUGGAGGGCCUUGGAGACGGUUAUGCGCAUUGCCUGCAUUCUGGGUGGGUAUACUCUACGAUGAGGGGUCUUUGCAAAGCGUUUUGGACAUGACAUUUGAUUGGACUGCAGAAGAAAGAGACAUGUUAAGGAAUAAGGUGCCAAAAAGUGGUCUGAAGACACCAUUUCGAGAUGGAUUGCUUAUGCAUGUUGCUCAAGAUGUUGUCAAGUUGGCAAAGGAAGGCUUGGAAAGAAGAGGCUUUAAGGAAACAGGAUUUCUGAACGAAGUAGCCGAGGUUGUUAAAACAGGUGUAACACCAGCUGAGAAGCUACUGGAAUUGUACCAUGGGAAGUGGGGACAAAGUGUGGAUCCUAUCUUUGAGGAGCUUCUCUACUGAAGUUGUUUGAGAGUGCAAUUUCAAUUCUGUCUUUUUCCUGUGUUGUAAAUGAUUUCUCAAUUUCAUUGAGAGUUAUAUCAGCCGAUUUUUCCAUCGUUAGACAAAUAAUCUAGCUAGCUAGAUUAAGAUAUGUUACAUGUAUCUAUGGCUCGAAAACGUCAUAUGUAGCUCUCUCCCCUUGGGAUGUGAUCAAUCUGGUUCCAGAUAGCAUUUGUAUACAUUUUCCCCAGAAAAGUAACAUAGCAAUGCUAAAGUAAUAAAUGAAUCUAUUGGCUGACCAA